UUUUGUUCAUGUAUGGAUUCUACUACAUUUCCCAUGAUUCCACACUGAGCGGAACAGGAAGCACGAGGCGGAAACAUGCGAAGAGUGAGCCGGCAGUCCUGUGAGGACGGCCCGCUGCUGGAGGAGCAGGAGACGGAGGGCCAGCGACAGCUCCACAGCCUCCUGCUGCAGCAGCUCCACACCGACGUGGAUAUCCAGCGAUGUGUAGCCAAGAAGCAGUGCUUCGCCCCGGCGGCGCUCUAUCGGCCAUUUGGCGAGCAGGCAGCCGGUGUGAGGAGUCUCACCCAGUUUCAGGCCCUGCAGGACGGGGAGACGGAGCUGGCCAGCCUCCGGGAGCUUGGACUGACCGACACCGAGAUCCAGCUGUGGCAGAGCAGAGACGCACCGGAGGGAGCCGAGAAGUCCCAUGGUGUGUGUGCGGCUCCAGGUGCGAAGCAGCAGCGUCUGCAGGUGAUCAGAGACAAGAUCGAGGCCCGUGCAGAGCUCAUGUCCCGCCCACAGCGCUUCGCCUCCAGCCGGCCUCUGUCACGCCGGGAGAUGGAGAUCGAACGAGCGCUUUUCCAGGGAACUGAUCGCCUGGGCUUCCUCACUGCACUUUACCACAGAGAUGAAGAGAACCAGGAUGGCCAGCAGGGGGAGUCGUCCUCUGAUCCAAUGGAUUCUCUGUACAGAGACGUUCUCUGCAGGGAGAGACAGCGGGCCUCACAUCACGACUCUCAGGGAGAAACAGCCA